AUGAGAGCAAAACUGGAUGAAAAAUUUGGUGUCGAUGGCCUUUUGAUAUCUGAAUCUGCCCCUGUAGACGAACAGUGGAGUGCAUACGCUGGCAGACUGCGUGGCUGUGCUUCAGAAGUCUUGGGAAAGCCUCAGAAGAAGCACCAGGACUGGUUUGACGACUCAGAUCCAGAGAUCAGAAAGCUAAUUUAUGAUUUCAGAACCUCUCUUCGCACCCCUGAUGAUAACAAGCGUAGAGCAGCGCAUUACAAUCUGAAAGUGAAGCGAGGCACGGUGCUGAUGCAGUCGAGGGCGGGCUUGCUGCAGCCCGUCAGACUGGAUCCAAAGAAGCAGCGAGACUUCGGAGCAACACCCACCAAGCCGCCACAGCUCUCCAGGACAGCCGAGAGCAGGCAGAUGGCUCCACCGAGGCGGAUGGCGGAGCAGCAACUGGUGGGUGACCCAGGCCUUCAGGCUGGGGACAGGCCGCAGCCGCGCAGGGCCCCGCCGCAGGACAAGAGACAGAUCCAGAAGGAACUCCAGGAAGCGCAGAGGCCCGAACUGGGUGGAGCGGGCGGCAUGGGACGUGCGCGGGGGGUCCCGCAACGGCCGGCUUUCGUGCCCAUAGGUCGCCACCCGGCGGAGAUGGCUCGCCUGUCCCAGGGUCAGGGGCCGCCAGGUCCGUUCAUGCUCCCGCCUCACCUCCACGGUGGGUACUUUUUUCCCGGCCCGCCAAAGCACUUCAGCAGUAAGAGCAGCGAACCACCAGACAAGAUGCGGCAGGGCGCCCCAACUCCGCACGGGCCGCGGAGAGCCGUCGGUGCGAUGGCUCAUCUCGUCACGCCUGUGAAAGUCAGCUCGGGCCCAACUGGCAUUUCACCGAGGGACGUCCACAUGCAUUCACCGAGAACUCACGCAAAUUCGCCACCCGUCACACCUCGAGGCUUCAAAGAAGAGAACACGUCACCGAGAUUCUCUUCGGACGCCGAGAAAACGCCCCGCGCCCCUGUCGGGAAGCAGGAAGGAGGCGGGAAAGCGAGCCCGCGUGUUUCAGCAGAGGUGCCGAACGCGAAUUCUCCCAGAAGGACAUUAGCACAAGGAGACGCAGCGGCACCAAUCGAACGCGGGAGAGGUAUGCCGAAAGACCAAAGUGACGAGAGAUUACUAAGGAACCUGAACCUCAAAGUGGCAGAAACCAAAAGUGGAAAGAUGCCGGAUAGGGGAAAGUUUCAAACCAGCACUGGUGCGCCAGUAUUAGAACUGAACAAGACUAUGAACGAUGUGACGUCUGGCCGGGGACGUGGCAACCCUGCAGACCUGAUGCAGCACAGGAAUCCGUAUAUGGCAGGAGGCGGGGCUAUCUACCAGAUGGAGAGGAAGGCGCAGUUUGGUAGGGGUGGGGCGGUGGGACCUCCGUUUAGAGAUCCACAAGGUAUCGGCCUAGAGUCGUACGGUGCAAAGCCAGCGCAUUUUCACGGCCACAGUAUCCCAGGUCUACCACAGCAACAAAUGCCGACAAUGCCUUCAACAGGACUGGUACCAAUGUCUUCACCAAAGAUAAACACAACCAGGGCUGCAAUGGAUACCUCACGACUGGCCUCGCAGAAGAAGCCUCCUACACCUGUAGUGAAGAAGACAGACUCUCCACCAAAGUCGCCAGCGCUUUUCUCGCCGACGCUUCUCAUAGCGUCACCAGCGACUUCGCCAAUGAAUUCGCCGAGGCCAUCACUGAUGACAACGCGCAACACACCUUCAAAAAACGCUGUUUCAGGGAAAAUAAAAAAUGCUGUAAAAGCCUCUCCAGGAAACUCGCCGAAGUCACCAUCACCGAGGAACUCGCCGGCGAGGACAUACGUGGAGAUCUCCAAACUGCCAAAGAAAGACCUGCUGCGUCUCCCUCUGCUGUAG